GUCGGGCACGCUCGUAUUUCACCGUGAAAAAUACGCGAAACCGAAUGGCCCGUAACUUCGGCAAAAAUGACGAUAACGAGAUGAUUCAAAAGCGACUGUUCUCACGACUCUGUUCCAGGAGAUGAAACGAACGUGACCAGCGUCGACGCUAUCCGUUAUCAACCCUUUCCCCGUCCUCGUUCCCCCCCACUGAUGCUGGGCCUAACAAAUAAACCAGGAACAGUCAACGCGGCAAACAGCGGCUGGUCGUAGCGAAUCUACAACGGGUUCCAGAGAGCGAAGUGUCGUUCGUGCUGAGUAGAGCUUACAGCUUCCGACGUAAAUAUGUCGUAUUAGUGUGUGAAUAUCAGGCACGAUGAGCUUCUCCAGUGAUGAAGUCAACUUUUUGGUCUAUCGAUACCUGCAAGAAUCCGGUUUCCAGCAUUCCGCAUACACAUUCGGCAUAGAAUCGCACAUAUCGCAGAGUAAUAUUAAUGGAGCCUUAGUACCACCCGCAGCCCUCCUGUCUAUACUGCAGAAAGGACUGCAAUACACGGAAGCAGAGAUAUCGAUUGGCGAAGAUGGCACAGAGCACAGAAUGGUGGAGUCCUUGUCUCUUAUCGACGCUGUCAUGCCGGAUGUUGUCGCCACCAGGCAGAAUCAGAUCAAUCAGCAGAAACAGCAGAAGACGGAGGUUCAAGAUACGAAUGGGGAAGAAGUUGUCACAUCUAACGAGGGUGUCAGCAGCAAUGACCGGGGUGGCGACAGGAACGAGAUGGAGGUGGACGAGCAGCAGCCCGGAACGGGGGCGGGUGCGAACACGAGCGCGGUCGAGAUCCCUGCAAGCAAAGCCACAAAGCUGCGGGGACACGAAUCGGAAGUUUUCAUCUGCGCCUGGAACCCUACGACCGACCUGUUGGCUUCUGGCUCUGGCGACAGCACCGCCCGUAUCUGGGACAUGUCGGACAACUCGCAAGCCCCCAAUCAACUUGUUCUACGCCAUUGUAUUCAAAAAGGUGGGACCGAAGUGCCGAGCAACAAGGACGUCACGUCGUUAGAUUGGAAGUGUGACGGCACAUUGUUGGCGACAGGAAGCUACGACGGUUAUGCCAGAAUCUGGACAACUGACGGUAGACUGGCGUCUACUUUGGGUCAGCACAAAGGUCCGAUCUUUGCUUUGAAGUGGAACAAACGCGGUAACUACAUACUGAGCGCCGGUGUGGAUAAGACUACCAUUAUCUGGGACGCUGAAAGUGGACAAUGCACGCAACAGUUCAGUUUUCAUUGCGCGCCGGCGUUAGACGUAGACUGGCAGACGAACACAUCGUUCGCCAGUUGUUCUACGGACCAGUGUAUACACGUGUGCAAGCUCAACGUUGACAAGCCUAUCAAGAGCUUCCAGGGACACACAAAUGAAGUCAACGCAAUCAAGUGGGAUCCUCAGGGCAAUUUGUUGGCGAGUUGCUCGGACGACAUGAGUUUGAAGAUCUGGUCCAUGAAACAGGACUCGUGGGUGCACGAUUUGCAGGCUCACAGCAAGGAAAUCUACACCAUUAAGUGGUCGCCCACUGGCCCGGGCACUCACAACCCGAAUAUGAAUCUAACGUUGGCUAGCGCAUCGUUCGAUUCAACCGUCAGGUUAUGGGACGUCGAACGGGGUGUUUGUAUACACACAUUGACAAAACAUACCGAGCCUGUGUACAGUGUAGCUUUCAGCCCGGAUGGCAAGUUUCUUGCUAGUGGUAGUUUUGACAAGUGUGUGCACAUCUGGUCGACACAGAGCGGUCAGUUGGUCCACAGCUACAAAGGCACUGGCGGCAUCUUCGAGGUCUGUUGGAACAGUCGUGGUGACAAAGUCGGCGCGUCCGCGUCCGACGGCAGUGUAUUUGUCCUUGAUCUUCGUAAACUAUGAUUGCGUUCAUGUAGCAAAGCGUAUACUUGGUUCAUUCGGCGCUUUUCUUGCGAUCUUAACAGUGUUUGCCGGUAUCUACGUAAAAUUAUUAAAAUAAUCAUCCAGAAUAAAUAGAUCACCUUUAUCUUUAUCUAGAUGGAAGAGAUACAAAAUAACCUCAUCUUAGGUAAAAGAAACGUGUUAUCUCAUCUAAAAAUUAUCUGAAGUGAUGUUACGGUACAUAUUCUGAACUCAUUUUUCGAUAAAGUGAGUGAAUUCGAUGAAUGAAAUAACAUGAUGCGUUAAAAUAAGCCCACAUCAGACAAGAGAUUGGAUUUCAACGAAUCAACAAAUUUCAAUUUUGUCUGUUUUUUUAGCUGCACUGCUGAAUUAGUGCAACUAAAAAGGACAGACCGCUUGUUGCAAUUGAUCGAUUCACUUUAAGCCUAUAUCAAACUGUCGACUGUGAAGGCCGACCCGACUGCCGAUUACGACUGCCAGUUCUUAAUGGAUCAGUUAUAAUAGAUUAGUUACAUGACGCUUUAUUAUGACAGGCUUCAAGAAUCGGCAGUCGUAACCGCCAAUCAGAUAGACUUUCACUGACAGUAGUCUGAUGUGGGUUUUAUAGGAGAAGACUGAAGUAAUGAUUUCGUUCAAAAAAGUACAAUUUUUAGUGAGCUGUCAAGAAUUAUUGGUCUUUUUUAUUAGAUUCUUAAAUUUAGAGGGAUCGUUGACGAAUUACUUAACCGUUGUGCAAUUUCGCGAUCUGCGUAAUUUUUAUUAUAAAUUUUUAUAGUUUCUCAUGGAAACAAUAUUACCUAAACAAUUAUUUAGAUAAGUAGCGCUACCUAUCUUUCAUCUAGAUAAAUUAAAAGCAAAAUCAUCUCAUCAAGGUAAUUUUUUCGGAUUUUCGUCACAUCUUCAUCUAGAUAAAUUUGAAAUCAUCUAAGGCAAACACUGGACCUUAAGUUACCCGAGUUUGCAUUAACGGUUCGGCACUUUGUCGCGUCCUUUUCAUUUUCGUAUCACGUUAUACGGGGUAAUUCGCGUGCGAAGCGAUACACGGAUGGAUUCUUUGUUUCGGCCCGGAUUGCCGGUCGUUAAGUAAAAGUAUCGACAAAUCGCGAGUAAUUUUGUCACGCACGAUUGAGAGUUGAAUUCAUGAUGUUUCCGCACUUGAUGAUGUGUCUCAUUUCGCGAUUUUGUCGGAGAUGUGUGAACGCGCACAUGAUAUUAUCUUAUUCUAUAUUAUCAGUGAUUCGUGUUACGUAUUGUGUCAAUGUCGUUUUUAUUAUAUGCAAAUCUGAAUUGUGUAAACUUUAUUGCAAUGAAAGUUCAGUUUUGCGCUUAAUAUUACCAACAUAUUCAUUGGUAAAAACACGAAAAUUCAACAAAGAAUCUAUCUUUGAAAUCCAGCGAUUUUGAGUCAUCCUGUAUAACCACUCGAGUUCUUCGAUCCUCUCUUACUCGGUGUCCAGUUUUUUUACUCUGACAUAUUUCUAUUGAUUUAUAGUUAUUUAUGCAUGGAGUUUAUAUAGCAUUAGGAAAUUCGUCAAAAUUAUUGACAUAACUUGCGUCUGAUAACGGACAACUUUUAGUUUUACAAGCGAUUAUUUGUGGAUCAUCAUUCCCUUAAUGUUUCUUCGAAGCUCCUGGCAUCUCGCUGUAGCCACAUCGGAUCGUGACGUCAGAAGCUAGAAAUUACAAGUGACUCAUUGUUAUAGUAUGUUGUAAUGAGUUGUUUUGUUUUGUAUCUUUUUGUUUUAACUAUUCGCGCCAGAGAGAGAGAGAGAGAGAGAGAGAGAGAGAGAGAGAGAGAGAGAGAGAGAGAGAGAUUCGUUUACAAAAUGUACGUGAAAUGUGAGAUCCUCCCCUUUUGGUUCUGCGGAUUAAUAAGAUAAAAAAAUCCAUUUGCACGUCUGAAAGGGCACGCAUUAAUUGCAUCACUCAUCCAUUUAUCGGAGGGAGAAAAUUAAAGAAGUGUUCACCAUGCAUCACCGAUACUAUUGUCGCACAGGUUUGACUUGUACAAAAGUUUCGAAAGUGUCGAUGUGUAUAAUGUAGAAAUAAUGAAAUAUAGUUGAUAUAAUUUCUUACUUCCGACAAUCUAAUGUGUUUAUAGUCGCAACGCCAGGAACUCGGAGAGAAAUUCACAAAGAGAAAUGUACAUUAAUGAUAUUUUUUAGUCGUGAUACUCUGUACAGCGAAACAGUUCGAGAAAUUUUAUAUUUACAGAAAAACCGGAUUGCUAUUUCCAUUCAUGGCAAGUGGGUGGAGUAUAUAUGUUGUAAUUGUAAUUGUAUCAUUAAGAAUAUUACAUAAACAUCGACAAUGAAUAAGAAAUAAACUUUUUUAAA